AUGAAAAGCCAGACCGAAGCUGCGGGAGGCUCCGAGGCGACAGAGGAGCAGGUAUCAAACAGUGGCGUCAUACGUGUCCACAGAACACAGAACGAGGAGCGAAUGGAGAAGUGUGCAGACUUUUUGAGCCACAAUUUAGACAAAGUGUGGCAGACUUUAGCCCAGUCUAGAAGCAGACGCUCUGUCUCCGACUACAGCACAAGUCAAAGGGAAGCGUUCACUGUUGGACAGAUUGACAACUGCAGUCGGAUGGAGGAGUGCCAUCCCAGCUCUGCACUGCAGAAGCCUGCAGUUUGUGGAGCGGUGCUGCUCGUCUCGUUCCCUGCAGCGGAUUCCCCCGGCUCUGCCUCUGUGGAGGUCUCUGAGUCUGCUGCUGUUCUGGGUCCAGACACGUCGCUUGUGGCUUCCGAGAAGAGAGAAAUGAGGCAGGAUCAGCCCAGCACCUAA